AGAGGAGGGACCCCGCUGCAGCUUCGGAAUGGUGCGAGUGUAUCCCGUGCGCCUCGUCUGCCGGCGAGCGCACCCGGGUGCAGCCCUGCGCUCUGCGGCGAGCCCGAGUAAAAGUUCCUCGUUCCCAGCUGCGUGCUGUGUGCUCAUUUCGGACAGACCGAGCCCCGGGGCUGCCGCGGUCCCGGUGCCUCCGGGGCAGCGCCCGCGGCCUGCGCUGCUCCCUGCCGGCUGCGGACCGCCAUGGCUGCGGGCGGGGCCGCUCUGUGCCGCCCCUCGCCAUUGGCUGCCGGUCCCGGGCCGCUCUGUGCCGCCCCUCGCCAUUGGCUGCCGGUCCCGGGGGGCCGGGGGAGCCGGGCCGGGGCCGGGAUCGGGAUGGGGCGGGGGGCUCGGCCCGGCCCGGCGGGACCCCGCUCAGCCCGGCCGUGUCCGUCCGCAGCCGCCGCGCUCGUGCGAGGACUACUGGGCGGAGUGGAAGCACUGCCGCGGGCUGCGGCACGCCUUCCACCACUACUACGCGCACGGGGCGCUGCCCGCCUGCGGCCGCUGGCGGGAGGACUACGAGGCGUGCCGCGCCUGGGAGCGGGAGCGCCGGGCCGCCGCGCAGGAAGCUUUGUGCAAGAGUGAAAGAGCUCGAGUUAUGGAAAAACAGAAAUAUGCUCCAGUGUGGAAGCUCAGGAAGAGCCCACCACCUGACUGGUAUCUACCACUUGACCACGACAAAUCAAAUUAACAAGACUGUUUUCUGUGUCUUGGUCUGUACCAUAAUACACAAUUCAGAAUUAUGCUUUUUUUUUCCCUUUCCACAUCAUCUUGAAGUUAUUCAGCUGUAGCUCUGCCCUACAAUACUUUAGCACUUGCUCAAAAAUUCUGAAAUUUUAUUUAAAUAAUGAACAUUUUUAAAGGGA